CAUACAGUACGUGCGGGUUCAUCGUCUGCUACUAGCUAUAAUACUCCUGUUGGAAGUCCAGUGUCCUGGCUCUUGAUUUUUUCAGAACAAAUCUGAAUUGAGACGAGCGGCUGGAUGCAGAUGAUUGGUCUACAGGAAAGUGAAGAAUUACUGAAGAAUGAAGUACAAUCAUUUCAGCAAUCCUCUUCUUCAUCCUCAGUCCUCUUGUCCACAACUGAUCAUAUUUGUAGUUUGAUCUGGAACAGGAGUGACUUAAAACCCCUGGACAGCUCCUGACUGGACUCUGUUAUCUCUGCAUUCUUGACUUCCCCGUGAUUUCAGCUCCACAGCAUAUUUUUGGGAAAAACAUUACACACUUUCUGGGAUAUAGGAAAGUGUGUAAUAUAUCUGGGAUAUAGGCCUACACUACACUUGAGAUCUUCUCUGUGAGCAGACUAGGCCUAUACAUUUUUCCUUGUCUCGUGAUAUUGUGGGCGUUAUACCAUUGGUGAGACACUAUGGAGUGGAAUAUGGAGUACUGUAUGGAACAGGUUAUGCAGAAGGACCUGGGUAGGAGACUACAGGUGGGCCAGGACAUCAUAGACUCCAUCCUGGACAAGGACAAGUCCCAGGUCCUGGAGCAGGACCAGACCAUGCUGGACAGAAUGGUGGAUGGUGUCGCUACCAACUGGGUCAACUCCAGCAAUUUCAAGGUGGCUUUGUUGGGAAUGGACAUACUCUCAGCUUUAGUAACGAGACUACAGGAACGGUUUAGGACACAGAUUGGAACUGUUUUGCCGAGUUUGAUAGAUCGACUAGGCGACUCAAAAGACCAAGUCAGAGACCAGGACCAAGCUCUUCUACUAAAGAUCAUGGACCAAGCUGCUAACCCACAGUAUGUAUGGGACCGAAUGUUAGGAGGAUUCAAACACAAGAACAACAGGACCCGGGAGAGUGUCUGCAUUUGCCUUAUCGCCACGUUAAAUGUAUAUGGAGCUCAAGGCUUGACCCUCAGCAAAAUUGUCCCCCACAUAUGUAAUCUUUUAGGAGACCCUACAAGUCAGGUGCGAGACGGGGCCAUGAACUGUCUUGUUGAAAUCUACCGACACGUCGGGGAGCGGGUGCGGAUGGACCUGGGGAAAAAGGGACUGCCACAGUCACGGUUGAAUGUCAUUUUCAGUAAAUUUGAUGAAGUUCAAAGAUCGGGGAACAUGAUCCUGUCCCCUGUCUCAGAUAAGAACUUUGAAGAUGAUGAUUCGGUGGACGGGGGGCGGUCCUCCUCUUCUAAAGGCCCGUCGUCAGGGAAGAAGACAGUGAGCAUGGGGUCGUUCCGUAGGCCCAGCUCUGCUUCCAGCACCAAAUCAACAGGGAGAGAUGGUCCUAGUGCGGCUGCUGCAGGGGCUGUGGAUGAGGAGGACUUCAUCCGUGCCUUCGAGGAAGUGCCCGCUAUGCAACUUUUCUCUAACAGGGAAAUGGAGGACGCCAUGACCAAGAUCAGAGAGGUGCUGGCUGACGACAAACGAGACUGGGAGCACAGAGUCACUGCGUUGAAGAAGAUGCGUUCUCUGCUCCUGGCGGGGGCGGUGGAGUUUGACGGUUUCUCCCAGCAGCUGCGUCUCACGGAGGCAGCCUUCAAGAUGUCCUCUAAAGACCUGCGCUCUCAGGUGGUCAGAGAGGCCUGUAUCACUCUGGGCCACCUGUCCUACAUCCUGGGGAACAGGUUUGAUCAUUGUGCUGAGUCCAUCAUGCCCACUCUCCUAACCCUGGUCUCUAACUCGGCCAAGGUCAUGGCCACAUCCGGAAUCGCUGUCAUACGACUCAUCAUCAGACAUACACACUACCCUCGUCUCAUUCCCAUCGUGACCGGCAGCUGCCAGUCCAAAUCUGUGGCCGUGAGAAGGCGCAGUUUUGAGUUCUUGGACCUCUUGCUACAGGAGUGGCAGACCAGCUCUCUAGAGAGGAAUGUAGCUGUUCUGACAGAGACCAUCAAGAAAGGAGUCCAUGAUGCAGACUCCGAGGCCAGAUCAGUGGCCAGGAAGUGCUACUGGACGUUCCACGGCCACUUCAGCCGGGAGGCGGAGCAGCUGUUCCAGGCUCUAGAGUCGUCCUAUCAGAAGGCUCUCCAGUCCCACAUGAAGAGUUCUGACAGCAUCCUGUCCCUCCCUGCCUCAGACCGCUCCUCCUCCUCCUCACAGGAGAGCCUCAACCGCCCUCAGUCUGCCAAGAGCUCCAUGGGAAACACCGUGACCAGGACGAAAGCGGCUUCCUCCAGAGGUCCCUCCACCCCGGGCUCUCUACAGCGUUCCCGUAGCGACGUGGACGUGAACGCUGCCGCCACCGCUUGUGCCAAGACCAGGAUGACUCCCGUGCCCUCCUCGCCGGCCCCCUUCAGCGCUGCCUCCGCUCUGCCACCCGGCUCCUACGCCUCUCUUGGCCGUGUGCGUACCAGGAGAACGAGUUCGGGGAGCGGCGUGGGGGCGAGUCCCUCUGUCACAGACAGUAGGGGGAGAAGUCGAGCCAAAAUGGUGUCAGUGUCUCAACCUGGCAGUCGGUCUGGCUCCCCUGGUCGUCUCCUGAGCCACACAUACGGCAGGAUCCCCAGGGCAACUGGAGCGACAACGCCAGCAGACAGGAGGCCUAAAGUCCCCCGCAGUCAUGGCUGCAGCCGAGACACCAGUCCAGACAGAUCAGGCCUGGCGAGGAGUCGUAUCCCCCGGCCCAGCAUGAGUCAGGGCUGCAGCAGGGACACCUCUAGGGAGAGCAGCCGGGACACCAGCCCCGCUCGGGGAUUCUCUCCUCUGGAGCGUCUAGGUCUGGCCCACCAGGCCCGUAUCUCAGCCUCUGUCAACGCCAUGAGGAUCCUCAACACCGGGACCGAGGUGGAGGCAGCUGUAGCCGACGCCCUGUUACUAGGAGACGCCAGGAACAACAAGCGGCGGCCAGUCAGGCGGCGGUACGAGUCCCCGGGCAUCUACUCAGACGACGACGCUAACAGCGACGCCAGCAGCGCCUGCUCUGAGCGCUCGUAUGGCUCGCGGAACGGCGGCCCGCCCCACUACAUGAGACAGACGGAGGACGUGGCCGAGGUGCUGAACCACUGUGCCAGUUCCAACUGGUCUGAGAGGAAGGAGGGGCUGCUGGGACUACAGAACCUGCUCGUUAGCCAGAGAAUUCUCAGUCGUGUGGAGCUGAAGCGGUUGUGUGAGAUCUUCACUAGGAUGUUUGCUGACCCACACAGCAAGGUGUUCAGCAUGUUUCUGGAGACCCUGGUAGACUUCAUCACCCUGCACAGAGAGGACCUGCAGGACUGGCUGUUUGUCCUGCUCACCCAGCUGCUGAAGAAGAUGGGAGCUGACCUCCUGGGUUCCGUACAGGCCAAGGUCCAGAAGGCUCUGGACGUCACCAGGGACUCGUUCCCGUUCGACCAGCAGUUUAACAUCCUGAUGCGUUUCAUCGUGGACCAGACCCAGACCCCCAACCUGAAGGUCAAGGUGGCCAUCCUGAGGUACAUUGAGUGCCUGGCCCGUCAAAUGGACCCCGCAGACUUUGUCAACUCCAGCGAGACACGCCUGGCCGUCUCCCGCAUCAUCACCUGGACCACGGAACCAAAGAGCUCCGACGUCCGGAAGAGCUUCCACCAUAGCUGGGCAGGUGAGGAGUUGUCAGGCAGGCCCAGCACCACCGUAGCCUCUCUACCUGGAGAGGGGAACGUGGAGGAGAGGUGCAAGCAGGCGGCCCAGGUGGUCCUGAUCGCCUUGUUUGAGCUGAACACCCCAGAGUUCACCAUGCUGCUGGGGGCCCUGCCCAAGACCUUCCAGGACGGAGCCACUAAACUGCUGCAUAGCCACCUGCGGAACUCCAGCAACACCGGAGUGGCUUCUCCCAGUAGCACCAUGGGACGGACUCCUCCCCCGCCUCGCCACCCCAGCAGUCGCAGCAGCCCCCUCACCUCUCCCACCAACUGCUCCCGUGGGGGCGCGCUCUCUCCCAGCAUGUUGGAGUACGACACAGAGAACCUGAACACCGAUCAGAUUUAUAGCUCCCUGCGAGGCGUCACUGAGGCCAUCCAGAACUUCAGCUUCCGCAGUCAGGAGGACCUCAUGGAGCCGGGCAGAGGCAAGAGAGAGGACACGCCGGGUGUUGGAACAGCAUCACACUCUGGUGCCGACGUGGUGGAGGGGCCCGGGGGUCGCACGGCCCUGGACAACAAGACCUCCCUACUCAACACCCCCUCCCCGCGUUCCUUCUCCGGGCCCCGGGGCCGCGACUACAACCCCUACAACUACACAGACACCAUCAGCGCCUACGACAAGGUUGCCCUGAGAGAGACGGUGUACGAGGACGACGUGGAGCAGCUUCGAGAUGGCCGCCAAGAGUGUGGUGGAGAAAACAAGAUGCUGCACACCAAGAACAGUUCCCCUGCGGAGCAGCUGGAACUGGCGGGUGAGCUGCUGAAGGAGCUGUCUAACCCCAGUGAGAGGCCAGAGGAGAGGAGGGGAGCCCUGGUGGAGCUGCUGAAGAUAGCCCGGGAGGACAGCCUGGCAGUGUGGGAGGAACACUUCAAAACCAUGCUGCUCCUGCUGCUGGAGACCCUGUCAGACCAAGAUCACACCAUCCGGGCCCUGGCACUACGAGUGCUGAAGGAAAUCUUACGUAACCAGCCAGCCCGCUUCAAGAACUAUGCAGAGCUCACCAUCAUGAAGACUCUGGAGGCACACAAAGACUCCCACAAAGAGGUUGUGCGGGCAGCAGAGGAGUCAGCCUCCACCCUGGCUGGCUCCAUCCACCCAGAGCAGUGUAUCAAGGUGCUGUGUCCCAUCGUCCAGACGGCUGACUACCCCAUCAACCUGGCUUCCAUCAAGAUGCAGACCAAGGUGAUCGAACGCAUCACCAAGGAGUCACUCCACCAGCUGCUGCCUGACAUCAUACCAGGACUACUGCAGGGGUAUGACAACACAGAGAGCAGUGUGAGGAAGGCCAGUGUGUUCUGUCUGGUGGCUGUCUACUCUGUCAUCGGUGAAGAGCUGAAGCCCUACCUGGCCCAGCUAACAGGAAGCAAGAUGAAGCUGCUGAACUUGUACAUAAAGAGAGCCCAGACGUCCACCAGCAACAGCAGCAGCUCUUCAGACAUCUCCUCAUACUAAUGAACAUGGCCCUCCGGCUUCAUCCAUGUGUGUGCAGGUAUAUACAGUACAGGGUUAUGUUCAUAGGGCACCAAACGGUGCAAAACAGAAUGAAACAGGAAGGGACUACCUGGACUACUGGUCCAAUAAGAAACACAAAUUUUAUUUUAUUUUAUUUUUACCGUUUUGAAAUAUUUUCCAUGGCGUGCCCUAAUGAACGUGACCCAGAUAGGGAAACAGUUGUGCCUCAAUCUUUCUUUCCAGACCUCCUUGUGGUUUAAUGUAUUCUAAUAAAGGCUGUAGGCUGUUCCUUGUUGGGAAACCCUAUUGCCUGUUGCAAUCAGUAUUUUAUUUCCUUCUGUUUUGUCGUCUUGUAAAUACGUUUAUUCCACCUUUUUUAUUAAGAUACGAAUGCGACACUACUUCAGACCUAGUCGAAUGAAUGUAAAGAGCUUUGAAUGAAACCGGAGUCCUUUUUAAACCGUCUGAAAGGAUUUCAUGUUGAUGGAAGCAGAGUGUCGCUCUGCACACGACCACCUCAUUGCCUCUGUUCCUACUCGCGAUGGACAGAUGGGCUUAUUUGGAAACGUGCUAUUUGUAAAGGGGGCAGUUUAAAAAUGGCGAUUUUGAUAGUAAUUGUUCUGUAGUAUUUGCCGUCUAAAGAAUUUGUUCUUAGAUGCUAUGUUUUUAUUAAGCCUGUAUUUUAAAGAAUAAUCCUUGUGAAGCGGUAGAAUUUCUUAGUUAGUGAGAAUCUAAAAAAAAAAAACGUUCAUUUCCAUUAGUGGGAGAAGAUCAUUUGGCUGGCCAAUGAUUAGUACAUGCAGUGAAAAGCUGUGUUGAAUAAGCCUCUGUAAACUGCUUCUGUGUGUAACACCUGUGUUUUGACUGUGGUUUGGGCCCAACAACUAGUGAAGGAAUGUUUUCCUUUUUCACAAGGAUUACAGUCUCACCCUUCAUACAUUAUUAUUAUGGAAGGGGAGUUAUUGGUUGAGUUGGUGGUGUUUGAGUCUGCUGUUCUUUGUGCUUUAACAUUCGGGCCACGUUGUAAUGAGUCAAAACUACUGGGAUCUGAAGUAUUCUUGCAAAUGUAAGAGUCCUAGAAUUUUCAAAUGUGAAAUAUUUAGUCUAAAAUCGAAAUAUGGGCAGUACCUAUUCGUCACAUAGUAGAAAGACAAUGACAAUCUGACGGAUUAGUCGAUGAUCUAAGGACAUUUUAAGUGCAAGUAUUUUUAUUUUUACAAUUUAAAGACGGGGGGGAAAAAAAUAUGUAUUUUAAAUUGAAUCCAGCAAUAAUGAAUUAGUUACAAAAAAUCCAACUACUUGGAUAAACUUUUUUGUCAAAGCACUGUAAAUGACCAUUGUAAGUGAACCAUCCUUGUUUGAAAUGUAUAGAUGUCAUUUUUAUGCGCACCUAUGAAAUGUUACUGCUGCUUUCGAAAUACUAAUCAUGGCGUUAAACCUAAUGUAUUUUACUCUCCUUUUUAUGAAGGUUAAAGGUUACAGUUGUUUCGGUUAGAACAAGAAUUCAGAGUUGGGGUCAAUUCCAUUUAUAUUCAGUCCAUUCAGAAAUUCCAAUUCCCAAUUUUCCUCAAUGAUUGUCUAUGGGGAUAAAAAUGAAAUUGCAAUUUCAGUUUACUUCCUGAUUUGAUUGAAAGGAAUUGAGCCCAUCCCUUGUUAAAAGUCCAGAUAAAGGUGGCGUGUUACUGAGAACACUAUCGGGCCUUACUGUUUCUGUAGUACAGUUUCACUACAUUGACUGUUAAAAUGUACUGUAACAGUGCACAAUGUUUCUCUUUUUCUCAAAUGUGAGAACUCAGCAAUUUUAUCAGCUAUGGCUAUGACCAAGUACAAAAUGUUGUCAAAUACAAACACAGUAUUUCUUUUGUUAGACUUGCCUGUUGCAAUUGAAUCAAAAAAGAAACUCAAAAUGAGUGUUUUGUACAGUACUUUUAAUCAUUGAUUCACAGACUUGUUAUAAAAAGAGAGUCCGAGAGAGACCUCGUUUGCAUGCGAGGGAACAUGCAAUAUUAUACCCAGCAACCUCCAUGAUUAACUAACAUUCCCAACUGCGACUUUAUGUUGAAGAAUCGUUGCUUCUAAUCUAUAAAUGUCUGGUCAGCUUGUAUUAUAUAACACACACACUAUUGAUAUCCAUCACAGCUACCAAGCUAGGGCUGAUUUAACAGACCAAACAUUGUAUACUAUACUGUAACUGUAUGCUGUGUGCACACACGGGCCUGUAUCAAAAACCAAACCCUAUUAUCCUCAAGCCAUGUAUCUUGAGUGUGUAUUUGCUUGUGCCUUGUUUUAGUUUUUUUUACAGUAUACCUGCAAUAUUAAUCCAUACUAAUAGCUUCUGAAUACUGCUUUUGAAUAUUAUUUUUUUUUGCCCCUAUUUCGAAAUGCUGUAUUAUACAUCAUGAAUUAGACAGGAAAGGUGUUGCGUCGAAGACCAAGGUUAUGUCCCAAGUGGCACCCGAUUCCCUACCCUUGUGGGACCCGGUCAAAAGUAGUGCCCUAUAUAGGGCAUAAGGUUCCAUUUGGGAUGCAUCCCAAGGCUGCUGUAAAUAAAGCCAAUAGUUUAAUGGCAGUAUUUUCCCACAGAUGUAAUAUUGGCUUGGCUGUUCUAUUCCUUGCGAACCAUUUACAAUGCAUGCUUCUUCUAUUUAGCGUCAGUCAUUGUUUUAUCCCUCCCCUAUAUUUAUAUGCCGUCUGUUAUAUUUUCUGUGUGUUAUGACUGUACAUAUUUCAUGUUUUGUUCACUUCUUUCACCCGUGAUAGAAUUUGUUGAAAUUUAAACUUGAAAUAAACCGGCUUCAGUCCCUGUCCGAAGCAUGUAAUCACA